UUAGAGAACAAACAAAAGAAGAAAGCAUUACAGAGUGAAGAGAGACGGAAGAAGAGAGCCGAGGCAGCAGAAAAUAAACCACCUGAAUCAAAAACAGCUGAUGUGACCGUAGAGAGAGAUAUUUUGCCAAAAGAACAACCAGCUGAUAAACAAGUUAUUCAAUCCGCACUUGACCAGCAAAAAAGGCGUAGUGUUCGACAAAAGCCAUUACCCAGCAAGGAACCAAGUUCAGAUAGUAAGAAGAGCAAAAACACAAAAAAGAAACCGGUGAAGCAAAAUGCAAUUUGCGAUCGAGCAUUGCUUGAAAAACGAAAAGCAGGUGCACGUCGCGCAAAAGAAUUUAGAGAGAGACUAAAAAUGGAUCCUGUAAAAAGAGAAGAAGCACGGAAAAAAGAAGCAGAACGUGCUAGAGAGAGACGUAAAAGUGGCAAAAUUAAAACUAUAUCUGCCAUGAGUGAUAGAGAAAAAAGAAAACAACGCAAAAAUUGGAGAGAAAGUUAUCACCGUACGGCAGAAAAGAAAAAAAGAAUUCGAGAAGGCGAGACUUUUAUGCAUCAAAAUUCCCCUCCUGCUUCACCACACAGAAACGAUGAGGAUCCGCACCCAGUAAACGAUCAAGGCGCAAGAAGAAGAAGAAGAAUGCAGCGCAAGCGUAGAUCCGAAGAAAAACAAAAAGAGCAAGAUCAGAUGAAUGCUACAGCACAUGCUAAAAAAUUGGCUGAAACUUGGAAGAAGAGAUAUUACCGACUGAAGCAGUUUCAAGAAAAACAAAAUGCGCAAUCCCCUUCCCCUAACAAAAUUGCAACUCAAACAAUGAAAGAAGGUACCGAGUCGGUUAAAAAGAAUCUACUGGAAUUUGAAGUUUUGAAGAAAAGCCUUACUUCUCCAAGUACUUCCGAAAAUCCUAAAGAUAAGCUUCAAAAGAAAACUGCUGUUGCUGAAUGCCUUCUUUCACGAAAGCGUGACUUGGAAAAGUACAAAUUGAAGACUGUAUUCAAGGGCCUGACCGGUUGGCGGAAAAUUUUCACGAAAACCCCAAAAAAUUCGGCUGAAAACGAAGGGAUCCGCAAGAAGUUUAAUUUCCUUCGCAAAGAAAUUAGAAAGUUUUUCGAAAAUGAUGACAACUCAUUUUUCGCUCCGGGCAAAAAAGAUACAAUCACAAGGAAGAAAAUAAAGCGUCAGAAAAAGUACUUGAGUGAAUCUUUGAUCGAAUUACACAAAAAAUUUAAGGCUACCAAAAAUAUUUCAGUUUCUUAUUCUUUUUUCAGAUUAUGCAAACCUUUCUACAUAGUGCCUUUAAAGCUGACCGAAAGAGAGACGUGCUUAUGCGCUACUCAUGAGAAUUUCCGGUUUCUCUUUCAAAAAUGCAAGCAGUUAAAAUUACUCAAUUUCUCAUCUCCCUCGCAACUACUUCAGUCUCUUUGUUGCAAUUUCAAAAAUUUAAAUUGCAUGUACCGACUUUGUAAAGAGUGUAAAAACAAAGCCAUUAUUUUUGAAAAGACUGACCUAUCAGAAGACACCCCAGUUUUUUACCACAAGUGGGCCCGCUGCUCUGAGGAGAGAGAAAAAAAUGGAAAAAAAUUUAUGGUUAAGGUGACAAGAAAACUUAAAUGUAACUGUAGUAUCAAGGAACUGAAAGAAACUUUGAAUGAUAUACUUUUGCCUUAUAUGAAACAUUCUUACAGGGUGUAUCACCAGCUGACCUUCUCUAAAGAUAUGAAAGAAAAACUGAACGAGGAUGAGGUGCUUAUUAUAAUAGAUUUUUCGGAGAACUACCAGCUUAAAUUUACAUCUGAAGUCCAAAGUUGUCAUUUUGGCGCGUCAAACGCGCAGCUCACUUUACAAACGGGCGCUUACUAUACUAACGACAAAAAAAGUACAACAUGCACAUCUUUUUGCUCUGUAGCUCAGUCCCCUCGUCACGACGCGGCAGCAAUUUGGGGCCACUUACUUCCUGUAUUUUCCAAAAUUAAAAAUGAACAUCCUAGAGUGAAAAAAGCUCAUGUGUUAAGUGACGGGCCCACGAAACAAUAUCGUAAUAAAUUCCAGAUACAUUUAUUUGGCCACUAUAUGAAGCAGCUAGGCUUUGAACUUGCAUCAUACAAUUUUAGCGAAGCGGGUCACGGCAAGUCCGUGGCGGACGGAGUUGGUGGAACGGUCAAAAGGACAGCCGACAGUGCAGUGCGUCGUGGAAAGGAUGUUCCUGACAUUGAAACUUUUGUCCAGGUACUAGAGAAUUUAAAAAUUCAGGUUUUUCAAAUUGAAAAUUCCCUAAUUGAAGAAGUUGCUAAAGUCUUAGAAAAU